CCCUCGGCUAUUCCCAUGUACUGUAAGAAAUUCUCCCUUUCUUUCUGCAGGACUACUGAUGGCCAACAUGUCUGGCACUUUGACUGUUGUUGAUAUGCAGGCCAUCAGACUCGCUUAUACAGGCGAGAGGAUCUUUAUGGUGUUCCUGGUGCUGUCCACGCAGUCCCUCUUUAUUUAUGUUAACAUUGUGAUGCUGUUUACGCUGCGCACCAAGGCCAUCUUUCGUGAGACACCACGUUACAUUCUCUUUGCCCACAUGCUCCUGAAUGACACCAUUCACCUGGUGAUAGCACUGGUGCUCUAUAUGCUCAGUUUCUUAUACUUUGUGGUGGUGCGUGCUGUCUGUGCCAUGAUUGUGCUGGUGUCUACAUCGACGUUUGUCAACGCGCCACUAAACCUGGCUGUCAUGUCCCUGGAGAGGUACACGGCCAUCUGCUUCCCUUUGCGGCACAGCGAGUUGGCUACACCAGCACGAGCGAGUGUGGCUGUGGCUCUGGUGUGGGUUUUGGGCAUCAGUGAUGUGCUAACUGAUGUGUGUGCUCUCUUCCUCCUCGCAGAACCAUCCUUCUACUUGUCUCCUACACUGUGUACCAUCACGCAGCUCAGGGUGGCACCCUGGCAGCAGGGCAGGAGUGCGACAUUCAAAGUGCUGCUUUUUGUUAUGGUGGCCAUUGUGUUACUCUACACGUAUGUGGCCAUCCUGCGGCAGGCGCGUGCCGCCUCCUCUGACACCUCUUCUGCCCGCAAGGCCUUGCGCACUGUGGUACUGCACGCACUGCAGCUUGGCCUCUCGCUCAUGUCCUUCCUCUACGAGUAUAUAGAUUACCUGCUAGGAAGCCUGCCUCUUGCCGUAUACACACAGCUACGCUUCCUCAACUUCUUCAUAGUGCUGGUCCUUCCACGCUGCCUCAGCUCACUCAUCUAUGGCCUCAGGGACGAGACCUUCAGGCCACUGUUCAAGCAGAACUUCCUGUACUGUGGUACAAACAGAGUUGUGCCUUUAGAGGCUUUUACAAAACACUAAUUAUGAGACAAUGACAAUGUGAUUGUUUCUUUCAUCUGUCUAUGAUUUAAUGUGUACGUGUAUUUCUGUAGACAUGUACACAAAAAUGUGGCAUGUUAUGUCUUAAAAAAUAUUUGUAUGUAGUUUAUGGGUAUUACAUGUGUUAUGGGGUGUUUGUGAUCCUGAUAAACUACAGAUUCUAUUGAUUUUAUCUAACCUCAGAAUUAAUGCUGUAUCUCAGAAUUAAUGCUGUAAAAAAGGGAGAAUAUUUUCUCUGUGUACUAAUAAAAUCCGAGCUUCAUCCAACAUUUCAAAUGUGAUAUUUGCUAAAGAUGUGUCAAAUCCGUCACUGAAAAUGUUAAUAUUAUUUCGAGUAACAUCAACAUCUCCACUGCCUGCUGUCUCGCAAUCAUAUGUUUUUUUGCUCCAUAAUGUCACAUUACUAAGUUUUUCUUCUGGCCUUCAGAAAUAAAUACAGCCACUGAGACUGAAAUGGACGUGAUCCAUACACACGUGAACACAAUAGAAAGGAAUGCAUGCACUUAUAAUACACCAUACUUUCUUGGUUAAAACAGAUUUAUUACCUAAACGAUCCAUCCUGUAGGAUGGCCAGAAUUAUAAAUGACAAAAAUAAUGUUGUGAAUGCAGCCUUGCACAAAGUGAUUCAAAGUUUGGGAGAGUGUUUUCAUGGCUCUGGCAGCUAAACUGAGAGAUCGUCACUGAUGACCUUCUGGCCUGCACAUAUUCUUUUGUGGGUGUGUCUCGUAGGUGAGCUCUCUUGUGUAGCCAAAGAGCCAAUUUUAUACAGUUUCAUACAAUUCCACACAUGAAAUCAUUAUUACUGAAAACAAAUCAUUUCACACUUCUAAAUUUGUAUCUCUUCAUAAGGUUAGGGUUGGGACAGACUUAACGUCUGUACCAUUUCGCAUGACUUUAUUUGAAUGAACUCAAAUGGAAUCCAACCAUCCUUGAUCAUUCAAAUUCAUAAAACUUUUUCACAAGAUCUUUUUUCCCUUCCAAAAUUAAGUAACUUUAAUAUAUGA